AUGGCGGGAUCCAGGCAUAGGGGUCCCCAGGCCAGAGUUCGGUCUCUUUUCUGCGCCCUGCUGCUGUCGCUUAGUCGUUUCGCCGGGGGCGACGGCAUGGGAGGCGACCCCGCGGCCGCUGGUGCCGCGGGCACCGCAGCCGCACUGCCACACCGCCGUUUCGAGUACAAAUACAGCUUCAAGGGGCCGCACCUGGUGCAAAGCGACGGGACAGUGCCCUUCUGGGCCCACGCGGGGAAUGCUAUUCCAAGUUCAGAUCAAAUUCGAAUAGCACCCUCUUUAAAAAGCCAAAGAGGAUCAGUGUGGACAAAGACAAAAGCAGCCUUUGAAAACUGGGAAGUUGAGGUGACAUUUCGAGUGACUGGAAGAGGUCGAAUUGGAGCUGAUGGCCUGGCAGUUUGGUAUACAGAAAAUCAAGGCUUGGAGGGUCCUGUGUUUGGAUCAGCUGAUAUGUGGAAUGGUGUUGGAAUAUUUUUCGAUUCUUUUGACAACGAUGGAAAGAAAAAUAAUCCUGCUAUAGUAAUCAUAGGCAACAAUGGACAAAUCCAUUAUGACCAUCAAAAUGAUGGCGCCAGUCAAGCUUUAGCGAGUUGCCAGAGGGACUUUCGUAAUAAACCCUAUCCUGUCCGGGCAAAGAUCACAUAUUACCAGAAAACACUGACGGUGAUGGUCAAUAAUGGCUUCACACCAGAUAAAAAUGAUUAUGAAUUUUGCGUCAAAGUGGAUAAUAUGGUUAUCCCUCCUCAAGGACAUUUUGGAAUAUCUGCUGCAACUGGAGGGCUCGCAGAUGACCACGAUGUCCUUUCUUUCCUGACUUUCCAAUUGACUGAGCCUGGGAAAGAGCCGCCUACACCAGAUAAAGAAAUUUCAGAAAAAGAAAAAGAAAAGUAUCAGGAGGAAUUUGAGCACUUUCAACAAGAGUUGGAUAAAAAAAAGGAGGAAUUCCAGAAGGGCCACCCUGACCUUCAAGGGCAUCCUGCAGAUGAAAUAUUUGAGAGUGUAGGAGAUCGUGAGCUGAGACAAAUCUUUGAAGGACAGAAUCGUAUCCAUCUUGAAAUCAAGCAACUGAACCGACAAUUAGAUAUGAUUCUUGAUGAACAGAGAAGAUAUGUCUCUUCCUUGACCGAGGAGAUCUCUAAAAGAGGAGCAGGAAUCCCAGGGCAGCAUGGACAGAUCACUCAGCAAGAGAUGGAUACUGUUGUGAACACUCAGCAUGAGAUUCUGAGACAAGUAAAUGAAAUGAAGAAUUCCAUGAGUGACACCGUCAGACUGGUCAGUGGCCUCCAGCAUCCGGGAUCUGCAGGGGGAGUUUAUGAGUCGACCCAGCACUUCAAUGACAUCAAAGAACACCUCCACAUAGUGAAGAGGGACAUAGAUCACUUGGUGCAGCGAAAUACGCCAUCACAUGAAAGGCCGAAAUGCCCAGAACUACCACCAUUUCCAUCGUGUUUAUCUACGAUGCACUUUGUUAUAUUUGUAGUGGUACAAACGGUGUUAUUCGUGGGUUAUAUCAUGUAUAGGACUCAGCAAGAAGCAGCUGCCAAAAAAUUCUUUUGACCACCAUUUUCCUAUGUGUUCAUCAUGUAUGUGUG